ACACACACACGCUCUACUGUCGUGCGAGUUUGGUGGAAGGAGCGCGUUGCUGCAUCUGAACUCCAGUUGAUGGACCCACAAUGUGUGUGAGACAUGAGCAACAAGGCCCACUGGGAUAACUCCAGCUGUGUGUGCAACAUGAAGCCAACGGACGGCUGCUCGCCCACCGUUCCGGAGUCGGAGUUGUACCGCAGCAUCCAGGCCGUGCUGCCCAGAGACUCCGACCUGCAGCACGCCCCAGACACUUUCAAUAAAGGAAUGCUGAGAUGGACGCUUCACCGGAAGGUUCAGAACAACCCCGUCAACAGCUUAGCUCUGGUCUGGGUCCUGAUAAAGGAACUGGAGAAGGCUCAGAGGUGGGACUCGCGCAAAAGUAUCAUCCCUUUACUCCACACGCUGAUGUACGCGAUCAUUCAGACCGCCUAUCUUCCAGAUGAACUGUACAAGCGGGCUUAUGAUUUAUGUAAGAGGCUGCUGACCUACCCUCACCCGUACUGCACCGUUGGCCUCAAUUACACAAGGCAUAUGAAAACUGAGCGCUUCAUUCCAGGUCUGAUGUACCAGAGAAUGGUCACUGCUGAGCAGAGGCUGAAAAAUGUGCACUAUCCCUUUCAGGAAAGGGUUUUUGUUUUGGCGGAUCCGGACAUCUUCUCCAGACCCUUGACAAAUGUUCUGUUGGGGGAUUUUGCGGCGUCUACUUCAGCUUCAGGUGGAUUUCAGGGUCCUGUGGAUCACAUGCGCUACGUGGUCCAGCACUCCAUACAGGCUGCUUUAGGAGCAGAGCUCUGCAAUGGACUGAAGCUUUCUCAGGCCCUGAAGGACAUGGGUCAGGACAUCGAGCCGUACUUUCUGGCAGUUAUGGCGACUUUAGAGCAGAGUGUCGAAGAGGGCCGCAAACCGGACGGCGCGGCACUGAAAAGCCGACUUCAGCAGCUGUACAGCCAGAUUGUGACGGACUCGGACUCAGCUGAGCCAUUGUCCGGGGGAGCGCUCAGCGACUGCCCCCUGCCUAACCCCGAGAUGAGCUUCCACCUGUGGACAGAGGAGCUGGAUAUCUGGCGAGAGCUGUUCAAGUGGCUCCGGUCCAGCUCCACGUCCGAGCAGUUCCCCCUGAUCCAGGAGCAGGAGGACUUCGACCUGGGGGAGUCGCCCACGGACCUCCUGCUUUCGGACGUCGCUCGCUUCUCAAUAAUGUCCACGGACAGUGGCAUCGAACGGGACCUGCCCGCCAGCACUGACCCGUCCCCGUCGUCCUCUCUGGACUCCGCCAGCAUGAGUGCAUCAUGGGAACACUGCAAAACCGAGAACGAGUCGGCGAGGCUGUCGCGCCGAGGAGGCAUCAAGAUGAAACCGUCGGUGAAGGACAGCAUGGCGCUCAUGCAGGACACUCUGGAGGACCAAAGCAACCUGGGAGGAGGGAGCGGAGCGAGGGGGGAGAAGAGAGGGACCACUCUGCAGAGGCGGACAGGGAGCACUGCGAUGCGGAACCCCUUCCCAAAGCAGCAGAGACACUUCACGGCCAGGAUCGUGGCCAUGGGGGACGACAGAGUCCUGGGCCGACUGGCCAAGGCCUUUUACUUCUUCAGGAAACGGGAAGCGCGGAGGCUUUUUCUCACAAUGAAAUUCAACCUCCAGUUUUACUACAUCCCUGUUUGCAGUUCUCCAACUCCCACCUCACCUGCGAAGGAAUCCCUGUUCGUCACCAAGAGGGACCCCUCGGCUCUCGGUUCCUAUCUGAGCACCGUGGACCCCUGGUACAACUGCAACAUCAAGAGCCUGGGUACCAUGAUUCCCAAACUGGCCCAGAUGCAAGAGGCAAACCCCAGCAGGCCGAAGGAGCCCUUCAUCUCCGACGUCAUUUCCUACUACGUCCGCACCGGGCAGCAGCCGGUCUACUUCACCAUUUAUUUUGUCAAGAUAACGUUCACACACAUGACGAAGGAACCCGUGGAAGACGUGUUCCUCACCCAUCUGGAGAUGGACUUUCCUGAGUUCAGACAGAUCUCGGCAUCAGUUAAAGAUAAACAGAAGAAGAGUUCAGGGGAGGUCUGUGGCGCCGUAGUUUCUUUGAAUUACAGGAGGGUGACAUUAAGUGGUCGAGACACUGACAGAGGACUUUCAGUCAGAACGACGGGCCUUCAGAUCGACGCCAUUCCCUCCAGUGAAGCAGAAGAUCUGAAUUGUUUAACGCUGACGUUUAAUGAAACUCCUGCAAAAGCUAAAAACAGUGCCGUGGAGUCGAAGAUUCGAACCACAAACGUGAGGAUUCGCAGUCUGGAGUCUCGAGCGUUCACUGUAACUCUGGACAAAGACAGUCACAGGAGCUACAGAGGCGUGCAGAGCAUCGAGAUCUCCCCCUGCGAGGACCCUGGAUACUGCGUCCAGAAAACCAUGAGGUCCAAACUGAACCUGGCCGAGGAUAAAGAGGCUGGCCUGAGCAAAUACAUGAGCAAAGGACUCCCGCUGCCCAUCAAUACAUUCGCCGGGAUCAUCAACUGAUGCGGGGAGACGAUGGCACAGAAAAAGAGAGAGAGAGAAUUGACACCAUCAUGCAGAAGUGUGAUCUUCCUCAUAAAACGCUGAAUUGAAUCACAGUGAGCUGCUCCUGAAACCAACAGGUUUUACUUCUGCUGCUUGACACUGAAUGGCACGAAUAGGAAACCCAUUUCACCACCAAAGCGAGACCCACGGUCUCAGUUCGUACCGUUGAUGGACCGGCCGGGCGACUGCUCUGACCAGAAGAGGAACCAAGUGUUGUGUCACUGCAGCUGAUGAUCGAACCUCAACAGUGUUUCACUCCGCGUCGCUCAGGACGAGCAGCUGGUGGAGAAGUCAGUGCGGCCAAAAGCAACAAAACAAGUUUUUAUUUCUGACAAACCAGCACAGAAAAUCAACACCCACCUCCGCGCGUUAAAAAAAACAGGAAAUAAUUAUUCACCGCUUCAAAAGACAUAAGUCGAGUGAGCAGGUUUCUUUUUAACUCUGCUUCUCUGACACACUACAUCACACUGCCUCCAUCAUGCUCCACACACACACACACACACACACACACACACACACAUAAACACAACACACAGAAAAACUUCUCCCUAUCUACUAUUGAAACAUUUCCAUCAUGAAGCAACUGGUACGGUGGCGUUCAUUCUUGUGUUUGUCCUUGCUCAGUUAUUGAAAAAGACUAUUUAUUCUCCUGCCAGGAAGACUUCAAUGGAGGUGUUAAAUAACUGACACUGGCUUUGAGUUGGACUUAUGUAUGUGCUCCAAGGACACUAUGGUAUGUAGAAGCUGUAACUGUAUAUACUAUUGGAAGGUUUUUGUUUGAUAAUGCACAAAGUUAGGGAAAAAUAAGCUUUGGGGCUUGUUACACUGCUGACUGACCGGGUUUAAAUGCAGCCAAUUUUGUGUUGCAUGCUGAAUAAUGUAAACAGUUAAAACCUGGGGACAUUCAUAAAUUGCACAUUUGCCAGUAAAUGUCUGAAAUGUAUCAGUCUUAAGGUGUUAAAAUCACCUCUGACCCCCAUCCAUUUACUGUGGUGCUUCAGUUGAUGUAAAAAUCUGUUAGAGUAGAAUGAUUUGUGCGUUUUUUUUUUUUUUUGCACUAAACCUGCAGGGUUGUUUGCCAUUUCCCUGUGGGAAUGACACAGCAUUGUGCAAAGCAUGUGAUGGGACUUACGACUAAAUGUGUAAAUACUGUGUAUCUCUAAUUAUUUAAACAUCAUCACGACUGAUCUCAGACAGCAGUGAACUUACAAAGGGCUUUUCAACAUGUGAAACGCCUACCAAGAACAAAUGGUUUUUCAUACUUCCCAGUUUGCGUUCAUGUAUAUAUCCAGUAUAUCACACAACAAAGAGCCUGUUGUGACGCAACCCUGCAGGUUUGACGUGAGACGUAAAGGUCUCUGCCUCAGGAACUGAAAGCCAUGUAUGACUGAUUGCGUGGGAAACAAUCAUUUGAGUGUGUGCGUGUGUGCUGGACUGAGAGGGUGAAAUCAUGAGUUUUAGAUUCAUGAUAUAUUUUGCACAUUAUUUUUCUUCUGACAUGUAUGAACUGUCAUACAUUAUAAAUGUA